ACAAUCAUGUGGUGCAUUUCAUUUGAAGAGUCCACAAUCUAAACUAGCUAGGCUUAAGUUAACAAACAGUCUGACCACAGAGUAUCUUUAUCCCCAAACAAGGACUUAGCCCACGUGGCAAACACAAGAAAGAAACUAAUGCAUUUAGCUUGAAGUAGCCAAUGAGAGAAGACCUUAUCCUAUCCAUUAUCUCAGCUUAAAAAAUAAGUGUACUAUAUCCACUCUCUCCACACAAACACACCUCUCUCUCUCUCUUGCCACUUUUCAAUUACUUACUCUGUUUUUUCAGUUAGGACAAUAGAAAAACAAGAAGAAAAGAAGAAGAAGAAGAAGAAAGGUGUAACCAAUCAUGGCAGCCUCGCUACAAGCAGCGGCCACUCUAAUGCAGCCCACUAAGAUGGGGUCUAAUGCUAGCCGAGGUGGGUUGCAACUGAGGUCUUCUCAGAGUGUUUCAAAGGCUUUUGGUGUUGAGAGUUGUGGUGGAGCCAGGCUCACUUGCUCACUCCAAACUGACUUUAAGGAUUUGGCCCAAAAGUGCCUUGAUGCUACUAAGAUCGCUGGCUUUGCUCUUGCCACUUCUGCUCUUGUUGUCUCGGGAGCAAGUGCAGAAGGAGCACCAAAACGUCUAACAUUCGACGAAAUCCAAAGCAAGACAUACAUGGAAGUGAAAGGAACAGGAACAGCAAACCAAUGCCCAACAAUCGACGGCGGUGUCGAGUCAUUCGCCUUCAAAGCGGGGAAAUACAACGCGAAAAAGUUCUGUUUGGAGCCAACUUCAUUCACAGUGAAAGCAGAAGGAGUUAGCAAGAACGCCCCAGCAGAAUUCCAAAACACCAAGCUCAUGACACGUCUAACUUACACCUUGGACGAGAUCGAAGGACCUUUCGAGGUCUCGAGCGACGGGACAGUCAAGUUCGAGGAGAAAGACGGCAUAGACUACGCCGCAGUCACCGUCCAGCUCCCGGGAGGUGAACGCGUGCCAUUCCUAUUCACAAUCAAGCAACUUGUGGCUUCUGGCAAACCCGAAAGCUUCAGCGGUGAGUUUCUUGUCCCGUCGUACCGUGGUUCGUCGUUUUUGGACCCAAAGGGCAGAGGUGGGUCGACUGGGUAUGACAAUGCUGUAGCAUUGCCAGCUGGGGGCAGAGGUGAUGAGGAGGAACUUCAAAAGGAGAAUGUAAAGAAUACUGCUUCUUCAACUGGCAAAAUUACUCUUAGUGUUACUAAGACUAAGCCUGAGACUGGUGAGGUGAUUGGUGUUUUUGAGAGUGUUCAGCCAUCUGAUACUGAUUUGGGUGCUAAGGUUCCUAAAGAUGUCAAGAUUCAGGGUGUGUGGUAUGCUCAGCUUGACUCUUAGAUCAAUAUUAGUUUCUCUUUGAAUGAAUCAAUCAAUGAAUCAAUGAAUAAUUUCUCUUUUUUUUUAUCAUUGUUAUUAUGUUGUAAGUUUUAUGAGAUUUUUGGGUUUUUAUUGUUA